AUGGCUUGUUGCAACAGAGGCUCGCUACGAAAAGGACGUCUUGGUCCGCGGCGCCGUGAUAUAAUAAGGCCUUAAGGGUUAAGUAAUCGGAUCGACUACUUUAUAUGUAAAUUCCGUAUAAAACCCACCUGGUUGGAACAGUCGGUUUGCGCUCCUCACGCGGUCCGGUUCGACAUGAAGAAAUUGUUUGUAACAAUAUAUUUCUGCGUGCUAUUUUACCGAUUGGUCACUGCUCCGGACCCUAUCGGUCCCAUCAGAGCCUUCAUCCAGACGAACCUGGUCGGUUUGCCGGUUAUCCACAACCGACAGACGUGGGACUUUGACCCCGACGUGGCGCUGAGGCGACGACGCCAGUUUUUGGAGCUGCAUGGCGACAAAGGCGAAAGCUUGAUAGAACGUUUGGGGCUAGGCAUAGACGGGUAUGAAGACGAGCGGCUGCUGAAGCAGAGGCUAAGAGAUGAGGGACAUUUAGGGGGCUUGAAUUACUUUUUACCUUGAUUUUUAAUAGGUAUUUAAGAAAGUUAGAAAAAUUACAUGUUAAUUAUUUUAUUAAUUUAAAUAAAAAUGUUUAUUAAUCUUAA